AUGAAGGGCCGUCGGCGGUGGUGCUGGCGGGGGGAGCACCGCCGCUUGGCGCUGCUGCUGGCGCUCUACACGCUGCUGCUACUGCUGCUGGUGCCCUACGUGCUGGACUACGGAGCCCGGCGGGCGCGGGCGGACGAGGAGCCGCUGCUGCGGCGCUGCCCCAGCCUGGAGGAGGCGCUGAGCGAGUGGGGCUGGGAGCAGCGCCCGCCGCCGCCCGGCGACGACGACGACGACGACGAGGAUGCGGCGGCGGCGGCGGGGAACGGCAGCGGGGCGGGCAAGCGGCACAUCUACCUGCACGCCACCUGGCGCACGGGCUCGUCCUUCCUGGGGGAGCUGUUCAACCAGCACCCCGACGUCUUCUACCUCUACGAGCCCAUGUGGCACCUGUGGCAGGCGCUGUACCCCGGCGACGCGCUCAGCCUGCAGGGCGCCCUGCGCGACAUGCUGCGCGCUCUCUUCCGCUGCGACUUCUCCGUGCUGCGCCUCUACGCCGCCCCCGCCGCCCCUCGCGACCCGCUGGGCGCCGCGCCGCCCGCCGCCAACCUGACCACGGCCGGCAUCUUCGGCUGGCGGACCAACAAGGUGAUCUGCUCGGCGCCGCUCUGCCCCGCCGCGCCGCAGCCGCGCCGCGAGAUCGGCCUGGUGGACGGCGCCGCCUGCGAGCAGCGCUGCCCGCCGCGGGCGCUGCGCGAGCUGGAGGCCGAGUGCCGCAAGUACCCGGUGGUGGUCAUCAAGGACGUGCGGCUGCUGGAGCUGGGCGCGCUGCUGCCGCUGCUGCGGGAGCCCGGCCUCAACCUGCGCGUGGUGCAGCUUUUCCGCGACCCGCGCGCCGUCCACAACUCGCGCCUGAAGGCCAAGCAGGCGCUGCUCCGCGAGAGCAUCCAGGUGCUGCGCAGCCGGCACCGCGCCGAGCCCCGCGGGCCGCCCCGCCCGCAGCAGCCUCCGCUCCCGCCCGGCCUGGGGCUGCUGGGCGCCGGGCGGGCCCCCGCGCAGCACCGCGCCGAGUUCUUCCUCGGCGGAGCGCUGGAGGUGAUCUGCCAGGCGUGGCUCCGCGACCUGCUGCUGGCCCGCCGCAACCCCGCCGCGCUGCGCCGCCGCUACACGCAGCUGCGCUACGAAGACCUGGUGCGGGAACCCCGCGCGCAGCUGCGCCGCCUGCUGCGCUUCGCCGGCCUGCCCGUGCCUCCCGCCAUGGAGGCCUUCGUGGUCAACAUGACCCGCGGCGCCGCCUACUCCUCCGAGCGGCCCUUCCUCAUCUCCGCCCGCGAUGCGCGGGAGGCCGUGCACGCCUGGAGGGAGCGCCUCAGCCGCCAGCAGGUGCGGCAGGUGGAGGCGGCGUGCGGCGAGGCCAUGAGUUUGCUCGCGUACCCGCUCAGCGCCGGGGAGCGGCGGUAGGGGAUGGAUGGAGAUCCUCCAGCAGCCAGCGGGGGGCGAGGCGGCCGUGUGCGGCGUGGCCGUCGGGCGGCAAGAUCUGAGCGUCUGCUCUGAAGGAGCGUUGGGGACGGCCGCCAAGCUUUGAGGGGACAGCAGGGAUGUGCUUCUGAGAGUUUUGAGGUGUUUGGUAGGAGAGGUCCUCACCGGACGGCAUCGAGCUCCAAGGCCUACUGGACAUGAAACUGACGUACCAAGAGUUGUAAGUUCUUAAAAGUUGUAUUAAAUUGAUAAAAGAGUCUGAGCAAACACUCAGAAAACUCAUAUAAGAGCAUCGCCCUUUCCAGAGCAUAAAACAUAUCUGGUUACACACUGUUACAACACGUGAAGAAAGCAUUUGUGGAACUCCCUGUGGGAUUUGGCUGCCCAUGCCUGGCAGGAGACGCUGUGUCCAUGGUCUAGUUACCCUACAGGCACUGCCCGUACCUCCCUCAGCUCCCACCUGCAGCUGUGCCCUCCGAGCACUGGGAGGAGCAACAUGAGCAUUUGUCUGCUUCUGUGUCUUGAGGACAUCUGUUCCAGAAAGUCUGCACUUUUCUAAACUAGACUGUAAUCCUUUUUUAAAGAGAAGUGUUCUAAGAAACUGAUAGGUGUGAUACCAGUGGCGAACGUGCUUUUUGCAGAUUCCUUUAGAAGUGACAUUAUCUGGGAGGUGAAUGCUUGACAUUUCCAUUUUGUUUUCUCAAUCAGCUGAGAGAAUGCCAUUCUAUCCCAGCUUCCUGGCUGAGACAAUGAGCUGCACAGAGCUCCCAUGCUCACAUCCCCUCCCAGCGAUAACAUCCUCUCAGCUGUAGCUCCUGCAUGUGGGCAGAGCAAACGCUGCCACACAAGGCUGAGCAAUCCAUCCUGGCAAAAGAAGUCCCCAACUAAAAGUCUGUAUUUAUUUAAAAAAAAAAAAAAAAAAAAAAAAAAAAAAAGCAACACAUCCUUAAGUUUCAUUUUGGGUUUUCAGAUGUUGUUUUCCUGUAGAUGUUCUCGGGUUCGUAUGAGGAGGGUGUGCAUGUGUGUGCAUGCAAGUCUCUUUUUUUUCCAUUGCUUACUUGGGGACAGAAGGUUGAAGAUUUGUGGGCACUCACUGUAACUUUUUAGGAACUGCUCUUGCGUCUGUUCUGAUCUGACAGCAGCUAAAUGGUACCUUGGGAGUACAUAAGGCUGUGGAGAUGCUGACAUACAAUCCUCAAGCACAAAGUGAGAACAUGAGCUUCAGAUGGAGGAUAAUCCAGGCUCAGAACAAAGCUGUGUUUAUAUAAAGUGCUGGAAACGAAGGCAGCUCAAAGAAGUCACGUUAUCUUACAAGACACGUUUGCAUUGCAUUGUAGUUUUUCAUGCUUUGGGUGUUGCACUGUAAAACAUGUCAGUGUGUUAGGACCAACCAUAAUUUACUGUAGUUCUUUUUCUUCCUUGGCCUUCCCACCCAAGAGCAGUGCCAUUAGCAUUGACACAGAUGCAAUCAGGAGCAUGCUAUUUGUGCUGGUCUGUGUUCAGCAAGUUGCAGCCUAGGAACUGUACGGUGCAGCUGUUAAGCACUCACUUCACUUGGCAGAGAACCUCAUCGUGCCAGCUCAGGAUGCAGUGGUGUGACACAAGGAGCUGUGGGAAACACACCCUCAGCACAAAGCUCUCGCUGAUGCAGAAUCCACCGAGGAAUGCUGGAGCGGUCGUGGAGAAUGGUAGCAAAGUCACUUAUGGAGGAGCUGUGGUGUUGCAUUGCUCUGCUCGGUGUUGUCCCCGCUCACUGAAUAUGGUGAGAAGUUCUGAGUUUCUACGUGAAAUUCUCUUCACACAUCACUACUGCAGCUUUCAGUAAGCCAGAUUAUGAAAACCAGUGCAGAACUCCUGGGUUUAUUACAGUCAUGCAAUUGGACAACAUUUUGGUGAAGAACAGAGCUCUGUAGACCCAAAGGCAUUGAAGUGGUGGUUUCUGCAGGCAUGGGACUUGAUGUACUGCCUGCCAGUGAUACUGUCUUUGGCACCAGGCAAGUGUGGCUUCCAUCACCAAGCUGUUGUGCCCUGCUGAUGACCUGCACGCUGUUUCUUGGUGUUAGUGAACAGGAAUCAGGGCUUUCCCCGAUGCCGCCAAGUUUUUCUCCCUGUUUCUAACUGUCUAACUUUGACAAACUUCAACUGUAUUUAGGCUGAAUCUUUUAAUGUUGGGCUCGAGGUUUAAUUCUCUCUGUGGAACUUAAUUCAGUGGAGUGCAUCUUCUUUAAAACCAGGGUUGGGAUGUGGUGGUGUUGCACCCACAUCCAACUGCUCUCAGAGAUGGCUCUGUGAGGUCAUUUUGUCACUGUGGCGCUGUGGGAGAAGUUUGGGCUGGGGGAAUGACUUCCAUGUAAGCAAUGCACGUGUUUGGUUUUUACUGUUACUACUCUCAGUUGGCCAAAUCUUUGCAAAAAAAGCUGUUAGCAUGUGCUAGUAAAAGUGGUUUUUGUA